GGCUUCGGGAUGAAUUAGCGGCGGGUUCUUCCCGGAGGAAGUGACCCCUUUGGAGUCCCCCAGCUCGCCCCCGCGCCCCCCUCGACGUCCCGCCGCAUCCCCUAUCAGUCACAGGCUGGACGACGGAGUUGGUACUCCUUCCUGGGAAGGUGGCAACAAAGGAUGAGGUGAUAUGAGUAUUACAGGGAAAAAUAAGUUGUGAUGCUUCUGAAUCAGGUGGCUUCUAGCUACUGAAUGAACUUUCUGAAAGCGGGAUAAUAAACGACUUGGAAUCAUGGUGUCAUGGAAAGGGAUAUACUUCAUACUCACUCUAUUUUGGGGAAGCUUUUUUGGAAGCAUUUUCAUGCUGGGUCCCUUUUUACCUUUGAUGUUUGUAAACCCGUCUUGGUAUCGCUGGAUCAACAACCGCCUCGUGGCAACUUGGCUCACGUUACCUGUGGCAUUAUUGGAGACCAUGUUUGGUGUAAGAGUGAUUAUAACAGGUGAUGCAUUUGUUCCUGGGGAAAGAAGUGUUAUCAUCAUGAACCAUCGUACAAGAAUGGACUGGAUGUUCCUGUGGAAUUGUCUGAUGAGAUACAGCUAUCUCCGACUGGAGAAAAUUUGCCUCAAAGCCAGCCUCAAAAGUGUUCCUGGAUUUGGUUGGGCAAUGCAGGCUGCUGCCUAUAUCUUCAUUCAUAGGAAGUGGAAGGAUGACAAGAGCCAUUUUGAAGACAUGAUUGAUUAUUUUUGUGAUAUUCAUGAACCACUUCAACUUCUCAUAUUCCCAGAAGGAACUGAUCUAACAGAAAAUAGCAAGGCUCGAAGUAAUGAUUUUGCCGAAAAGAAUGGACUUCAGAAGUAUGAGUAUGUCUUACAUCCCAGAACUACGGGCUUUACUUUUGUGGUGGACCGUCUGAGAGAAGGCAAGAACCUUGAUGCUGUGCAUGACAUCACGGUGGCAUAUCCCCACAACAUCCCCCAGACGGAGCGGCAUCUCCUACAGGGUGACUUCCCUAAGGAAAUCCACUUCCACGUCCACCGGCAUCCCAUAGACACGCUCCCCACAUCCAAGGAGGACCUUCAGCUCUGGUGCCACAAGCGCUGGGAAGAGAAAGAGGAGAGGCUGCGCGCCUUCUAUCAGGGGGAGAAGAAUUUCUACUUUACAGGACAGAGUCUGGUUCCCCCUUGCAAGUCCGAGCUAAGGGUCCUCAUGGUCAAGUUGCUGUCUGUCCUCUACUGGACCCUGUUUAGCCCUGCCAUGUGCCUCCUCAUCUACCUGUACAGUCUUGUGCGGUGGUAUUUUAUAAUCACCAUUGUGGUCUUCGUGCUCCAAGAGAGAAUCUUUGGUGGACUAGAGAUCAUCGAACUUGCUUGUUACCGUUUUUUACACAAACAGGCAUAUUUAAACUCAAAGAAAAAUGAGUGAUGUAAGGUUCAUAAUGUAAAAACUUAGGGGAUUAUUUUGGAAAUGUUCUAAGCCUUUGUAAAUUAAGAUGCAUUUUUGCAUGACUGUGUAAGAUAUUUCUUACUACCAUCUUAUUUGUUAAAGAUAUUUUGCACUUGAUUUUGUGGGAAAAUAUUGCUACACACAUGAUUUUUUUUUAGAUCUCUGAAUGUAAUUUCAAUAUUGCAUAUGUAGCAGGAAGUGACUGCUGUGAAAUAACUCCAGCCAGAGUAUUAUUAAACAAUCAUCAGGCUCUUAACAGACAUGGUAUGCAUAAGUUUUUCUUGAAGGCCCAAUCUUACCGCAGACCAGGCAUGCAUGAGUACUCCUCUCUCCCCCGCUGACCUGGGCAUGGCCAGGUGGCACCAAGCUCCGUCCCGACAUCGCCCCCUUUCCUCCCUAGCUAAUCACACCCAUCCCAUUCCUCAAGAUCAGAAAGCAUAAGUCCCUCAUCCCAAAGCCCUGCAGUCUGCAUAACACCUUGUGCCGACGGACCCAGCAGACCACCUGUGCCCUUUUCUCCUGGAUGUGACUCAGGGAGCAACCACAGGCUCUCCACUUCGAAAAGACAGAACUUAGUGCAGCUUAGGAUCUUUGCUUGAACUCAUUCAUGCAUGCUCAGCGCUGGUUUCCCUCUAGUUUGUUGGCAGGUGUAGCCCUUUCUGUGUUCACAGUGGUAUAUAUGAAGUAGUCAUAUACUUUAAAGAAACAUGUAGAACAUUCUGUUAGAAACUGUCUUUUCAGAUAUUUCUUUAAAACUUAGCCAUAAAGAUGAUUUUUGUCUUCUCAGUGUGCAUGUUACCUAACUUCUGCAGAGAAGACAAAAUGCUUGUGGAUGAGGCAGUAAGGAUGUUUCCCAAAUGAUUCCACCCCUGCAGCCAUGACAAAUUAUAAAAUCAAAACAAUAAUCCUACAGCAAUUCCUUUUCAGUAAUAAAGGGAUCUUUCUUUUUAGUCUUAGGCUUCCCGUUCCUCUUUCAAUGAUAAUAUUUAAACCCACUUUUGACAAAUUGUUCCCUUCAAUAUUCCUAGCAUUUGGAGUCCGUGGGAAAUCCAGUAGUUCCCAUCUCGUCCGAAGCAGACGCAGCCUGUGAUCGCAUUUCCGCUCUAGGGGAGCCAUGCAGACCCUUACCCCGUAAGAGGGAUGCUGCUCAGAGCUGCGGGAAGUAGCCAGCAAGCAAUUUAAAACUGUCCGCCCUUAGCAAGUCUGUCAGCUGUACUCCUGCCUCAGACGUCCUUGUUGCUUUAUGUACUCCCUGCGAUGAAUGUCUGCUCUUCAGCAUACUCCAUUUUUGCUGGACGGUGACGUCAGUCCUUACAGUUUCAUUGCCACGGGAGGUAGACAGACACCUUGCGAGCAGAGUCUGAGAAAGCCCAGGGAGGCAGGGUGCUGUUGACCCGUGGUUUUUAAUGGGGAAGUAUUAGUGCUUUCACCAACCCACUUGCAUGGGGUCCCUCUAAACUGUUUUUAAUCCCUGCUGGGAGCUUGCUAAUUAGUUGUUUAUUAUUCAGGUCUGCUCCCAGCCAGCCUCUAACAAUGGUUUUUAAGGUUUAAACAUGCAAACUUAUUCCUUCGCUUCAUAAAAAAGCUAAUUAUAGCUUCUGUGAUUCUUUUACGGGUUAUGUUUAAACACAAAAACAGGACGUUUGUCCUGGAUAAGCGAGUAAAGCCCGCUUUCUCCUACUGGGUAUAAGGAGCGCUGCCCACACACACUCACUGUUCACUGCUCGCACAGCCACCUGCCUCUGUGCCUCUCCAAAGCUUCCAAAGGGAACAACUUUUUGAUCCUAAAAAGUGGCUCAUCAGGCUGUAUUUUACACAACACCGAAUUCAUCAUCACAAAGCACUCGCACUGAGGCAUACCUGCUUUAGAUACUCAAAAUGGUAGCUCCAAAAAGAAGUCUCCCUCCUUUUUGUGGGCUUUAUUUUUCAAUUACAAUCAUUUCCCUAUGCGUUCAAGCCACUUUCUUCUUCUUAGAAGAGAACUAUACAGAUCGUGGUUUAACUUUUCACAACUGAUCCUCAAAUGUCAGGUGUGACUUCCUUUCGCUUUGAGAGCUGGGACUGGGCUCAGGAAUCCUCCCCUCCACACCUGCCCCCUGCUCUGAGCAGCAGCUGCUGCGUCUUGAGGCGGCUGCAGUCCUUCCAAGGCUAACUCUGCACGUGGUGCACAGUGCUGUCUAGUGAAGUUUACCACCCUGAAAUGUCAACAGUGUGUGUAUGUUUUAUUUACAAUGUACACUUAAAAUUGGAACCUACAAGGAAAGAUACUGAGGAGCCCUCAGGGACCCACACCCAGCAUCUUCGAUGCAAACAAACCCAAAGACUGCGAAGAUGCAGCCAAAGAACAUGGUGAGAGGUUUAAAGAAUAAAUAUUAGCAUAAGCCCCUAAUAUAAGAAUCCUGAUAAAUUACUUGCUUCUUGGUUAAUGCUAUGAAAACACGGGUUAGAAGGAAAUAAUUUCCACUUGAGUCACUUGCAGAUUACUUGUUUCAACAGCAUCGUGUCAAAAGUCGGAUACAGGCAGCCCUGACUGAAGUCUGUAGAAAGGGAGGCAUUCCUAAAGCUGCCCGACUCCUGCCCCAGCCCUGACAAACUUCCCCUGUGUCCCUUCCCAGUGAAGCCGCCCAGGAGGGAACCUGUGGGUGUCAAAUUGUUUACAUUUCUUUCUAUAAAUAAUGUACUUUCAGUGCCUUAGUUUGAGUCCCUUGCGUUUCUUCUCCUAGGGGUUCUACAGUGUUUUCUCGAGUGAAGUCUCCUUUUUCCUACUUGCUAGGAAGACCAGACACUGGUCGUGCAGGAGCACAGGCCCACUGGGGCAGGUGACAAGAGACCCUAGUGCAAGUGACAGCCUUGUUACUGACAUUGUAGCAAAUGAGCAUGGUCGUGCCACAGGACAGCCCUAAUGUGUUCCUGUAUCUCCCCCUUCAAUUGUUAUUUCACAUGGGAAUCUUGGCUUGGGUAAUUUUGUUUUAAAUCAUUAUGUGCAAAACAUCAACUUUUAAAAAUGAUUCACAGAAUGGCCUUAGUUUUCAGUGUCCACUGGUGUGUUUGUGAGUUGUAUUAUCUGUAACCUCAUACUGGAAUAAAGUGGAAUAAAU